AUGCUAAAAGCGCCGUACAGAAGAUAUUUGAGAAGUACCUCUAUUUCGCACGUAGAUCGCGACCGCGAGGACACUAUCGAGCCGUCAAGUGAUACGUUCGCCUCCAACCCAUGGGAUUUCCGUCGUUGGCGAUCUUACGUGGCGGACACGAGUGAGGCGCUUGAGGGCGAGUCUCUCGGAGAGCCUCUCGAGGGCGGCAAGAAGACGGCGGGAGACCUCGUCCACGACAAUGCCGACGCUGACGACAAGGAGCCGGCCGUCCAGGUUCACUCCACCUCGCCGCCUGCCGAGCACCACAGCAUUUCCCACACCGAGUGGCUCAAGCUGUCGCGAGCCACACGCAAUACUAGCUGGAGCGUGGUUUCCUUCCUCAUCACUACCGAUAUGUUUGGCCCGUUGUCUGUACCCUACGGCCCCAGUGUGAGCGUCUAUACCGUCAUCGGGGCCCUGGCAGGAUCAUAA